UGAAUCUUGUAUUCUUCCUGUUGUUCCAAAAAUCUUUGUUUCCUUUCAAAUUUGUUGUGUUUUUAGCAUGGGUGUUCUCUCAGUGAAUUCACUCCCCAUCGGAUUCCGAUUUCGACCGACGGACGAGGAAUUGAUCGACUUUUACUUACGGUCUAAGAUAAACGGAAAUAAAAACGAUGAGAUCCAAGCAAUUCGUGAAAUCGAUGUUUGCAAGUGCGAGCCAUGGGAUUUGCCUCACUUAUCUGCUGUAAGGACCCAAGACCCAGAGUGGUUUUUCUUUUGCCCGAUUGACCGGAAGUACCCGAUCGGAAACCGGCUCAACAGGGCUACGGAGGCCGGUUACUGGAAAGCAACGGGUAAGGACCGGAAGAUUAAGUCUGGGCCUAAUUUGAUCGGCAUGAAGAAGACUCUGGUGUUUUAUAACGGCAGGUCUCCUCGGGGAAAACGAACCAAUUGGGUCAUGCAUGAGUAUCGCACUACACUGCAUGAGCUCGACGGCACCAAUCCUGGACAGAAUGCAUUUGUAAUUUGUCGUCUAUUCAAGAAAAAAGAUGAGUCCAUUGAAGAUUUCAACGGCGAUGGAGUUGAUCCGGCUGUGUCGUCUCCUACCGAAGACAUGCUAUCGGUGUUAGAAGUGCCUCGAGAGUCUCCUGCAGUAGAAGGGGAAGCCGAAAAAGUAUCCGAUGCCACCGAAACUCGUCUUUUCGGUUUGCCCGGUGAAAUGGUUUCUAAAACCGUCGAACCUAAACUCGAGUGCAACCGGGAUGGCUAUGAAGCUUAUGAUGAAAUGGAUCAAGUGGCAGAUAUAACCCCUGCAGAGGCGGGUUUACUUGAAGAAGCUUUGAAUCAUUUUUAUGAUCCAAUUGGAGAACCACUAUUCUCUCCAUUGCACAACCAGAUUGAAGCAGAGCAGGCAUUUUGGAUGUUUGAUCAUGUCGGAAACUGUCUCGGUGGGGUGGAGUUUGAGCACGGCACUAAUGAACACAAUACAGAUAUUUCGAACUUCUUGGAAUCCAUAAUGAAUGAUUUGGAUGAUUCAGAAUGUAAGACACCUAAGGCCAUGAGCUUUGGUAUGGAUGGCAGAUCAUGCGGUGAAUCAGUUGGUGAAGUAGCCGAAGUGCUGCUAGAGACAGACAAGAUCAACAUGGGGGCUCCAAUAGGGAGCAUACAAGGUUGCGCAAAUCCGAUUUGCAUGCAGGAUGUCAACUUUUCCAGCAUAGUGCCAUUCUAUAACGCUAUAAAUAGUGAUGGAGAAUUCAGCAAUCAUACAAAUACAUCUUGUAAUGCUGAUAGCUCUGUCACUGGAAUCAGGAUUAGGCCCCGCCCUUCUCGAAGUCAUCCAGACAACGAAAACUCAAUGAUACAGACAAAUGCACCACGAAGAAUGCGUCUGCAGUGUAACAUUCAGGUCCGCUUGGUUCAUUACAACGAUGCAAUAAGUGACUGGAGUAGUGGAGUGAAAGAAGAUUAUUCGAAAUCAGUCGUUACAAAGGUGAGAAGUUUGUGAUUGAUGCUUGUAUAGAAACUCACUGUCGAAUCCAGAUAUGUAUCGGACCUUAUAAAGUUGUCUCUGCAGGGGGUAGAAGUAGCGGAAAACGGUAUCAUUGUUGGCUGUGACUCUGAUCGUGGCACCAUCAACGAAUCCCGGGAAACACCCCCUACCGUUUUAUUGUCCAAGACCGUUAUUUCAGUUCAUGAAGAGACUUCAUCUCGGUGGUCGAAGUUUUCAGCCCGCGGCUCACGUAAGCCAUUAACUGUUGUUUUCCGGGUGGCUGUGCUGUUAAUCUUGUUUGUAGGUUUGAUUAGCCCAUCAAAUGCUCGUAACUCAAUGAUACUUUCGUUGUGUAUAUAGUUCACUCGUUUCCUUUUGAGGCCAUCUUCUAGUUAAAAACUAUGGCAUUGAUUUUGAAUGCUAACAUGUUAUGUAUAUGAUAAUAUUAUAUCCAUUUAGUUAUU